AUGGAUUACAACGAGAUGAAGAGGCUGAAAAUGUUGCUUUUCAACAAUUCAAAAGCAGUUUCCCAUGUUCACGUCUUCGGGGAAGAUGAAGGUAGUCGCAGCGAGAUCGUUCGUCAAGUUCUCAAGAAUCCAGAGCAUGAUUGGAUUUGUGUGUCUGGAGACUUUCUAUACGCAGACGGAUCUCUGAAAUUGCUCCUCGAGUCGUUGGCAAUCAGCCUUGGUUUCAAAACGAGAGGAGACAAAGCAGAACACUUUUUCAGUAAUAUAUACUCUAAAGUAGAAUGGCCUGACGAGUCGUCUAAAAAGCUAAUUAUCUUCCUGGAUAAUGCUCAAUCAAUCGUUGAUUAUCCACCAGCUCCGAUGCAAUGCUUUCUCGAUUCCUACAAGGCAAUCAACGAUAUGACAGUUCGAUUCGUGACCAGUGCUCCGUCAUGUUUCACACAGUAUCAUAUCAAUCUUAGUCACCUUUCUGUUAUUGAUUUCCACAUUGCCACACCAUCAAUAGACACUACAAAAACUCUAAUCACUAGAGCGAAUCCAUCAAUUGAUUCCCAAUUUCUUAACUUUGCCAUCCAGACGUUGGUAAUUUACUGUAAAUCACCCAACACACUUCUCGGAAUUAUCUCAGAUGCAUGGAAAAUGUAUGAUAAUCAGAGUUCUGGAGAAAAAUUCGAGCCAACUCUGGCGAAUGAGUGUAUCGGAAGAGCGUCAUCAGAGAAGCUCGGAAUCGUUAGUGGAGAGAAGUCAGGAGAGAGAAAACCGGUUGAGACAAGUUUUGAGACAAUGCCAUUAGCGAUGAGAUAUCUUUUGAUAGCAGCAUUCUGUGCCAGCAACAAUCCACCACAGUCCGACAGUCGAUACUUUGCAAAAAAUCACGGAAGGGACAAGCGAUCGGAGAAAAAAGAAUUGCGUGCCGAGGAGCAGCGUCUUGCCAAAGAACUUGGACCGAAGGCGGCGGAACUUCAGAGAAUCGUCUGUAUUUAUGAAACACUUUUGAAGCUGACAGAAUCAACGAGUUGUGGAUUUGAUUUGAAAAAUGUGAUCGCCUCGCUCGACUCGAUGGGAUUGGUUUCUGUGACGAAUCGAAACAAUUUGGAUAUUCCGAAAAUCAAAUGCCUGAUCUCAUUGGAAACUGCUCACAAAAUAUCCGGAUCGCUCAAUCUGGAACUGCGGAACUACCUCGAAUAUGCCACCUGA